UCCGGAGGACCAACGGUUACGCUGUUUCCCUGUCUAGGUCAGAUUUUAAAGUAACUUUUUGCACGGUGUUUGCCAAAAAUAGAAAAUAUAUAUAUACAUAAACGUGAAGAAGAGAGGCGCAAACGAACAACAGAAGACCAUGGGGGAUAAAACCGGUUCGGAACACCAGGAGAGGUCCUUAUUUCUGGUUCAGAUUCGGUAUUUGGAGGAGGAGUUGGACAGAUAUCGGCUCACCUAUGAAGAGCUGGAGAGGCACAACAAGGAGCUCCUCUCGCAUUACAACAAGCUGGAGAAGGAGAAGAGAGACAAGACGGAGCCUUUGAAGCGGAUUGUGGCUGCAAAAGAGAAAGUGAUGGACGAGUUGCGUGAGCAGCUGGAGACUCAGCAUCUGUCGGCCAAGCGGGAAAGAAUAUCCGUGAAACAGGAGCACGACCAGAGGAAGCAGGAGCUGCAGGAACUGAUAAACCAGCUUCAGUCAAAAGUCACGACGCAGGCUGCGAUUUUGGAGGAGAACGAGAAUGAAAUCACGGAGCUGCAGCGGCAGGUGACCGAGGCCAGAAAUGAAGAGGAGCGGCUUUCCAAGAAGAAAGAAGAGUACGAGGCUAAUAUUCAACGCCUAAAGAGGAACAGCGAGUUGAACUGUGACAAGUUAAUCCACGAUUUUCAGGACUACCACGAGCUCACCGAGAGCGCCAAAGCCUCGCAGCGUCUUGCAAAGUGCAGAGCGUGGCGCAGAGAGCAGUCCGAAGUCGUGUCGUUCCUGCUGGAGGAGCAGUCGACGCUGACGGAGGAGAUAGGUGCCCUGCGGAGAAGGCAGGAUCAGCUGCGCUCCGACGGCCGCGGCCUGAUGAGGAAGAUGACCCGUCUGAGCCGUCUCAAAAACAAAAGCGAGAAGGACGUGAAGCUUCUCUGGAAGAAAUUCCAGGAGCUCAAAGAGGACAAAGAAAAUCUCGCCAACGAGCAGGAAGUCUCUCUGGCUAACACCGACGCUCUCAGACGGCGCCUCAGCAGAACCUCUGAGGAGUGCCGCCAGAAAGUGGCCGACAUAGAAUGGCUGGAGGAGGAGUUAGAGAGGGAGACGAUCAGGAGGAGGAACCUGGAGGGAGUGAAGGAGGAAGCAGUCAUAAUUCUUAGACACAUCCUGACGAGUCCAGGGGACAUGCCUGAGUGGAAGAUAUGGAGAUUGGUGGAGAUCCUGGACAGAGCAGCGCCGCAGGGAACCGGGCCGACUUCCAAAAACUCCCGUAAGAAGGCCAGAGGAGGGCAGAACCUGUACACCUCUAAUCCAAACUCACCCAGAAAUGAGAACGACCUGCCAGACCCCGCUCCUCUGCAGUCUGAUUCCUGGACUGGGACCGGGUCCAUUGGGCCGCAAGGAAGGGCUUUUUAACGAGUCCCAGGAAUCCCAAUAAAUAUUUCAGGCAUUCAGUUCCUGCUUCUGUUGCGUUUGCAGAUAUUUGAACCUUCAGGUGGAAACUGCUCCACCUCUAACGUUCCUCAGUGGCUCAUCUGCAGGGUUAAACUUUGAUAACUAUUUAGUUUCAGAUAAAGCAGUGAGCAGAUUGUUUAAAAGAAAUAAAAGCUGUAAUACAGCUGCUGAGCUGAUUGGCCAGAUUGUUACCUCAGCAUCUCACCUGCAGCUUCUCACAGUUCAUUAAACUUUGGGGCAGGCGGGAAAAGAGGCGGGUCAGGAGAGGACAGAGGACGACGUGGACGUCUGCAGCCUGCAG